AUGUUUACUGGAUUAGGUACGCUGCGCGUCUCCUGGAAGAGAUGUACUUAUAUUUUCAAAGUCGAAUGCGUGGCGCGCAUUGUCGAUGUCGCGCAAGUCGAUGCACAGAGCGGAUCGUAUGCGCUGACGAUCGGCGAUUGUGCAUUGAUUCUGGGCGACUGCCACGUGGGCGAUAGCAUUGCUGUAAAUGGCGUAUGCCUCACUGUCACACAAUUCAGUCUUGAGGCGCAUGGCGGCUCGUUCCGUGUGGACGUUGCGCCAGAAACCUUGUUCCGCUCCAAUCUUGGGCGUCUUCAGGUGGGAGAUCGCGUCAACUGUGAGCGAGCCAUGGCGCCCACCACACGCUUCGGUGGGCACAUUGUGCAAGGCCAUGUCGACACAGUCGCGACGCUUCAGGCGGUCGAACCGAAUGAGUCGGCGCUCACGCUGACAUUACGCCUCUUCCAUGACACACGAGCUGGUGUGGAUGCGCAUCUUCCGCUCCCAUCAACACUUGCGCCUUACCUAGUUCCAAAGGGCUUCAUCACGCUUGAUGGCACGUCUUUAACACUGAUUGAUGUAUCGCCGCCGCAAGGAGGCGCACUUCAACGUCGUACGGAAGACGAUGUAACGACGCCUGCAUCAGAAACUAUUGAAUUUACCGUCAUGCUCAUCCCUCACACCCAAGAUCACAUUGCUUUGCCGCAAAAGCCCGUUGGCUCCCUUAUCAAUGUCGAAUUUGACAUGGUCGGCAAGUACGUGUACAGGUCCUUGCUAGGCCAGUUUGAGCGCCUCGAUGCCGAGCAUGGAAGCGAUGCAUCGGCUCUAUCCAUGUCGAUGUUGGAACGUGUUGUGGAGCGGGCAAUGCAGAAUGUGAGCGAGCGCCAUCGCUCACCUAACUAA